CCGAAGUGCAUUCAGUACACCGCGAUUUCCACAAUCAUGAAUGCAGCCAGCAUGUUGUGCGUAUACGUGAUAGCUAUUAUAGCUUCAUCCCUCAAUGUCGCGCAUUGUGCGGCGGUGUACGAACGGGGAGUAAAUGACAAUGAGAAGCAAAUAAUCGUGAAUAAGCACAACGAACUCAGGAGGAUGAUUUCUGAAGGAAGGGUACCAGGUCAACCUAGAGGAACCAAUUUGAAGCAACUGAGGUAUGAUGAAAAUUUGGCGAGGGAGGCUCAGAAAAUCAGCGACACCUGUCGGUUCAAGCACGUCAAAGUUUCUGACGGUCGUUGGCAUGCGGUAGGACAAAACUUGUACGCUUCUUACUCCACCGCUCAUCAACCAGGGGCCAACUGGGCUAAAGCUAUACAGGAUUGGUUCAAUGAAUAUCCAUAUUACAAAUAUGGAGAUCGUAGUACCAACCACCAAAAUGGCCAUUACACUCAAGUGGUGUGGGCUGAUACUGAGUAUGUUGGAUGUGGAUACACUCUUUGCAAAGGCACGUCAUGGCCCUAUGAAAAAAUUUAUACCUGCAACUAUGGACCAGCGGGAAAUUACGUCGGACAACUACCAUACAGGACGUAAGCCAAUAUGUUCUGAAGACGAUACCCAGAUAAUUAUUUUUUAUAAGUUAUAAUUAUUUAUAUUUAAGUAAUUAGUUUUUAAUAUUUUAUAAUUUCUAAACAA